GGGUUAUUUAAACGCCGACGUACCGAAAAUUGAGCUUGCUAGCUACCGAGAGAACGCGCUGAACACAACUCGCCAUUCUCAAUCUCAAUAUUCAACAAUUGAGCGGAGAUAUCAUGAGGCUACAAAACCAAGCUGACGACACUAUCGGGGAAGGAGAGUAUGCCGUCGACAUCGGUGUCUUCUCACACCUCCAAAACGAGCUUCCCCCUCAUGACUACGACUGCGAGCCGCAUCGGCGCUUUUUCAAAAUCGAUGAUGAACAACUCGUUCACGAGUUCGACUGUCAAAAACUCCUCUCCGAGUACUUGUUCAAGCGGGAUGUUAUCGCCGACGAAUUCAAGAAUGCUGGCCCAAUACAAAGCUUGGCACUACAACAGCUAGGGCUGAAUGGAGGGUUUGAUGGACUGAAACAGUACUUCUUCAACGAAAAGAAGAGGUUGGGCGCGCGCGGAUAUUGGAAGUUCCCGGAAUGGGACAUGAUUGAGCAGGACUUGAAGAUAUUACAUCGGCAGAACAUAGAGGCUAAGAAAGUAGCACCAGGCAAAAGUUAUACCUACGUAAGUAGUUGGGAUGAUGAGCCGUCUAGCCUGUCCUUGUAUCGGCGGUGUAUGGAGCCCUCGAACGCAGGUACGGACUCAAACCAGGGCUCAGCACUGCACAAAUGCCCCUUUGGCUUUUCUGGGGCCAAAACCUAUGAGGUACCUGGCAAGGUAAACGGAAUUCCAACAAGGGCAGCGCCUGAUACCGGAGCUGAUGGCUGUUUUGCUUCCGAAGCUUUCGUCAAUUCUUUGGGCUUGGCACCCGAACCAGGCACUGAGAAGGAAAUCAUGAAUGGAUCUGGAAAGUCAAUCAGCUCUCUUGGGACCACUUCUCUCACCUGGACAUUUGCUGGAGAAACCGAACCCCAUGUCCUCAACUGCUCGAAUUUACGUGAAUGUGUUCACAGUUUCGCUCUUGGCAACGAUUUCUUGAAGAAGACAAAGACGUUGACAACAUUCAAGCAAAGAAUUGUGACUGUGGCACGCAAUAUCCCAAAGAGACUAGGCUUUCAUCUUGCAGGCAACGAAAAGGCACGUCUAUGGGGCUUUUUCAACGACGAGCUGGUGGCAGCUGUCCCAGACACUGGCUCAGACCUUUCGUUGAUCUCGGAAAGUUAUUGUCAGGCACGCGGUCUGAAAGUAGACAAAGGAAAGGCCCAUAGCCUUGAGGUAGAGUUUGUCGAUGGUUCGACAAGCUUCACAAGCGGAGUUGUGAGAGGAGUUGACUGGACGUUUGGAACCUCGGGAGAGUCAAUACAAUGCGAUUUCUACGUCCUGAAAGGUCUCCCCGUCAACAUUGUUCUCAGCAAUGGAUUUCUGUUCGAUCUGGAUGUCUUCUCCCGGUUCGAGGAGGACUUCGACGUCGAGACCCACACUGACCUACCGGCCCUGUUCGUGAUGCGAUUGAUCAUAGCACAUCGCCCUGAACUAGAAGGGUAACUUUUGGACCCAGCAAGAAGAGUACAUGAAAGCGUGU